GAAUCACUUUGAAGGUUAAAUAUCAGGCUAGACAAAUUUAAAGUAGCACGGGUCAUUUCGCUCUCUGUCGUAUAUCUGCACAUCUUGAAUGGUCGAAAUGUCAGGCGAUAGUGGUUUAUAUCAUUUAGAUGGAGUAUCUGCGUCAGAGUUAUUUAAACCGGAGCUUGGACUUACAUUCAGUGACGUAAUCAUUCUUCCUGGAUUUGUUGGUUUUGGAAAGAAUGAAAUUGACCUUACCAGCAGGAUAUGUAAAAGGUUUUCUCUGAAAGUCCCGUUUGCAUCUUCCCCAAUGGACACAGUUACUGAAGCGAAUAUGGCUAUAGCAAUGAGUCUUUGUGGCUCAAUAGGUUUUGUCCACCACAACUGUUCUAUAGUGGCUCAGGCAAAUGAAGUGAAGAAGGUUAAGAAAUAUAACCAAGGUUUCAUCUUAUCGCCAGUUGUCGUCUCACCGAAACAAACCGUCUAUGAUAUCAUUGAAAUAAAGAGGAAAUAUGGUUUUGGUGGAAUUCCUGUGACUGAGGAUGGCUUUAUAGGCAGUCGCUUGGUUGGUUUAGUCACUCUUCGUGAUGUGGAUUUCUUGGAACCGAAUAACUUCAACAUACCUGUUGAAAAAGUAAUGACACCUUUUGACGAUCUUGUUACGGCAUUUUCUGGUGUAACAUUGCCUGAAGCAAAUGAUCUUCUGAGAAAGAGCAAAAAGGGUAAAUUACCAAUUAUUAAUGAAAAUCGUGAACUGGUGGCAUUAAUUGCACGAACUGACUUAAAAAAGAACCGAGAUUAUCCACUAGCAUCUAAGGAUUCCGAAAACCAGUUAAUUGUUGGUGCAGCUGUUUCUACACAAGAAAGUGAUUUCGAUCGUGUCAAAGCUCUGAUUAACGCUGGAGUCGAUAUUAUUGUUAUAGAUUCUUCUCAAGGUAACAGCAUCUAUCAACUAGAUAUGAUCAAGCGCAUAAAAUCUGUAUUCCCAGAUUUACAAAUAAUAGGAGGAAAUGUUGUUACGUGUGCACAAGCAAAAAAUUUAAUUGAUGCUGGUGUGGAUGGAUUACGCGUUGGAAUGGGUAGUGGAUCAAUUUGUAUUACUCAAGAAGUGACUGCUGUUGGUCGAUCACAGGCUAAAGCUGUUUAUAAGGUAUCUGAAUAUGCUCAUAAGUAUGAUAUACCCGUAAUAGCAGAUGGAGGGAUUCAAAAUGCCGGUCAUAUUGUUAAAGCGUUGAGUUUUGGUGCAUCUUCAGUUAUGAUGGGUGGACUUUUGGCUGGUACAACUGAGUCAGCUGGAGAAUAUAUAUUUUCUGAUGGUGUGAAAUUGAAAAAAUAUCGAGGUAUGGGUAGUCUAGAAGCAAUGUCUCAGCAUUCUGAAAGUCAAGCUAGAUAUUAUAGUGAAUCAGAUCGUAUUAAAGUUGCCCAAGGUGUUUCUGGGACUAUUGUUGACAGAGGUUCAGUUCACCAGUUGGUUCCUUAUUUGGUAGCUGGUGUUAAACAUGGAUUACAACAAAUUGGUGCUAGAAAUAUAACAGAACUACACAAUAUGUCAAGAAGUGGAAAGUUACGCUUUGAGCAUAGAAGUUCAUCAGCUCAACUUGAAGGUGGUGUACACAGUUUAUAUUCGUACAAUAAAAAUCCUUAUUAAUAAUUCACUAACAAUAAAUAUUUCACUCGUCAAGUAUUAUUCCUGUUUUUUUUACAAUCGAACUAUUUUUUUCUAAAAAUAUAUUCUACUGUCUUUUUGGUAAGUCCUUCAUAGCUUGCAAUAUUGUUUCUCCUAAAUGUAAUAAUGUGUGAUUGUUACCUAAGCGAUGCUUUUUCUUCUUAUUUUUAUUAUCUAAUAUGAAUGAAGUUCAAUUGUAAAUGUAUUUUCGUUAGAGUAUAAAUUCAAUGGACAAUUGUACUAAUUUUGGUUUCAUGCAUAUUUCUAUUGAAUUAUUUUGAUCAGUUUCUGAUUGUUUUGCUUUUGAUGAUCUGUAAUUUGAAAUGGAUUAAAAAAAAGUGCUACUUC